AACAAAUAAAAUGUUCAUUUCUCAAUUUAACUUUUUCAAACACAUCCAUAUUUAUAACACAAAAAUUCUAAAUUCAUACUCAGAAAUGGAGACAACAAAGACACCAUUUCUUCACUUCCUCUGCUUCUGCUGCUGUUGUUUCUUCUUCUUCGUACCUUCUACUUCAUCUGUUGUUCUUCGCGGAAUUCAUCCCCUUGAUAUCAAUUACUUUGAUAUAGAUGUGAUUAACUGCAAAGACGGUUCGAGUUCUUUCACCAAAGAUCGUCUUAACGACGACUUUUGCGACUGCGUUGACGGCACCGAUGAGCCCGGUACAUCAGCAUGUCCUGGGGGUAAGUUCUAUUGUAGGAAUGUUGGAAGUCAGCCACACUUCCUGUUUUCAUCUCGUGUCAAUGACCAUAUUUGUGAUUGCUGUGAUGGGAGUGAUGAAUAUGAUGGUGUCAUUCUUUGCCCCAAUACAUGUAUCAUGGGAGGCAGUAUUGUAUAUAAGACUGAAUUACACCAGACUUCAAAUGUUAUACUGGGAAAAGAAAGCAAACCUCAUGGCGGAUUGGACAUGAUUCAGAACCUAAAAGAUUUGAAGGUGUUGGCAAUCCUGCAAUUAAUCAUCCUUGUUUUCUGGGCCAUUUGGCUCUACUAUCGUCGUUCUAAAGCUAGAAAACGGAGAUCUCAUGUAUGAUCAGGCAUUACCUUACUAGGUUUGUGGUCAAAAGUACUACCUAAUCAAGUGCUUGUGUCAUCUCAUGCCAUCAUACUCUAUACUCAUACCAAUUCAUGAUGUUGGUAGCUUUAGUUGAACACAGCUUUGGUUUUUGUACAUGAACCUGGAACAUGCCAAGAGAUUACUUUCCUUCAGAAAAAAGCUUAGCUUGAGACAGAGGAUGACAUGACAAAGCCAACUCAGUGUAAUGCUUGGUCUAAUAUGAUGUGAAAGUUAAACAAAGACGUGACAAGCAGCUUGAAGACCUCUGUAGUACAUUUAGCAUGUAAGCUUGCAGGAUAUUGUUCUGCUCUGCGUUUGCUACUAACCAUGAGUUUAUUACCUAAUGCGUUGUACCUUUUCUUUUAUAAAGGCAUUUCAUGGGUUUAGCUCGCAUUUUUUUUUUUUAUGUAUUUAGGAUAAAUAUUCAGACAGUAUGCAUAACAAAGAAAGAGAGAGCUGUGUGAUA